AUGGGUGAGGGUGUGGGUGAAGCUGUCGUAAAUAUGAAACUUGAUGAACUGAGUGAAGAAGAGAAAGCAAAUCUUCAUAUGGAUAGUAGGAUUAUAACUGAGUCAAAUGACGACGAUGAAACAACCGAUUCUGAAUCUAUGGACGAAGAUACACCUCAUGCUUUCGAUGAACUUGAACAUAAAAAAGAAAAAACAAUGGAACAUCUAUCAGAUAUAUUUCAAUUAUUGAACAUAGAUCCGAUCCAUGACAGAUCAACAGUAUUACGCAUUCGAGUCAAAGUCGAUGAGGUAUAUAUAAAACUUAGUCAAUUAUGCGACAUAUUAGAUGAAAAGUCUCAAGUUUCGUAUGACCCAAAUCCUCAUGGACUAAGGAUAUAUGAAUCGAAUGAAUUGUUGGACGGACUAAAGAAGUUAUAUGCCGAUAGUAAUGAUGGCGAACAAGUUCGUUUAACGAUAGUUGCUCCAAAAGAAUGGAGUCGACAGAAAAUUGAAAAAUGGCGCGUAUUUUAUCGUCAAUAUUUUCGUAAUUCUUAA